AUGUCUUCCCAGAACAACAACAACCAACAGCCUGGCCUCGUUGCCGGCCAUGCUGAGUACAUCAAGGGUGCCGCCGAGGCUGUCAUCGGCGGUGUCACGGGAUCUCAUGCCUGGACAUCAUCAGGAGAGCAGGACAAGGCGCACGCUACGUCGACGAUGAAGGCUGCUGGCCAGCAGCGGGACGCCACAUCACAAGGGUACGGAAAGGUCGAAGAGACUGCAGGCAAGGUCUUGGGAUGCGAUGGUAUGAAGAAGGAGGGAGCCGCUAGCAAGAGGGAGGACAACGAUGACAGGGACGUCCGUCGUGCUUAG